CUGUUGUGGUUUGGAACCACAACCCCAAACAGGCACUAAGCAGCAGUUAUCUCCUAAAUUCAACACUUCGUGCAAACAUAUCAAGAGUAAUACCCAGACUUUGCCUCCCUCGCGUCCGAGACCCAAUCUCCGACUUCUUCUCGCUGGGUAUCAUCUCAGAUAAUAACACCAAAUGGGCAUGUAAACGGAGCAAUUAGAUAGUUGGAUGGCGGGAAUGAAAGAGGCGGAUAAUCAGAAAGUGACAGAAGAUGAUAACGCAGGUUCAUCCUUCGUGUGGGACUGCAAUUCUCAGCUUUAUUACCAUGCUAGCAGUGGAUUUUAUCAUGAUCCAAACGCUGGUUGGUACUAUAGCACUAGUGAUGGACUUUAUUACAAAUUUGAGGAUGGAAAUUAUGUGCUACUAGAAUCUGUCCAGACUCAAGAUGAAGCUGGUAUCCACACUCAAUCUCCAGAGGAUAUUGACCAAAUUUUGUCUAAAAACAGAGAGUCUAAGGUUAGUAUGGAACCACAUCCCGGCGAAUUUAACACUGACACGAUGGACAGCAUGGACAAUGAACUACCUGAGAAUCCACCUCCGCCAUCUGAAUGGCUAGAAGAUUCUCUUAUUGAACUAUAUCUAUCGGGUUACUCCAAUAAUAUUGCUGUAUGUGGCACAACGGCGGCUCCUGAUGACAAAAUGCUUGAAGAAAAUAUUGCUGUUUCAGUUGAAGGUGCAAUGACUGAUGAUGCCUACACUUUAGAAGAAGGAGAAUGGAUCCCCAAUGAAAAUGAUUUGAUUGAUGAAGGUGCUUUUCAGGAUGAGGAAAACUGGCGAGCACAGUAUGGUCAAGUAAUCGAAUCUUAUGAACAGGUGACAACAGCUUUUCCAGUAGUUGACUUGUGGGACUGGAAAAUGGUGAGAGGAACUAAAAGGAAUGGAAAUGGUGAGGUUGCCAGGCUUAUUGGGCGAUUGGUGAGAAGGUCCAUAAAGCUUCAUCCUUCAAUGGCGUCAGGAAGUGGUCUACUGAAAACCGCUCCCAUAUGCGAAGCACAUCUUGACCUGGUACGAGUUACAUCAGGUCAGGUAUACAAGUUGAGGACUCCAAGUGCAGCAUACUUGUCAUCCAUGCAGAUUUAUGAUUCUUCCAACCCAACGAAAGAUUGGGGUUACCCUCAAUUGUCAAGUAAAAGACCUAUUCAGAGACCAUGUGAAUCAGGUGGAAAUUCUGAAUCAAAAAUGAUACAAGGGGAUCCUGUUUGCAAGGAUUCUUCAGUACAAGGGCAACUCUCUGUAGCCCCAAAGACGUAUAGAGAUAGGGCUGCUGAGAGAAGAUUCUUGCAUGGUGGUUUUGGAGUGGGUCCAGGACAAAAAAGUUCACCCUUCAUUGAUGAUCCGGCACCAUCAUCUCCUGUUUUUGAUAGUCACGAGGUGGGUGCAGCUGAAUCCUUGAACAUGUCAUUUGGAGCUGGUAGUUAUGCAAGAAAAAUUCUCGAAAGCAUGGGCUGGCAGGAGGGAGAAGCACUUGGCAACAGUGGAAAGGGUUUGAUAGAACCAUUGCAGGCUGUCGGAAACAAAGGAAAUGCAGGGUUGGGAUGGGAUCAUGGCAGAAGAUAGCUAAUCCACUUCAACUAAAGCAUUUUAAGGAAUUGUGAUUGCCUGGUGGCAAAAGCAUCUGCUCCUCCCUUAACAUGUCAGGAUCAUAGGUUUUAAUCCUUCCUCGCCCUCCCUUAUACUUCAAAAUAAUACUCAUAGUUUGAAAUGUAAAAUGUCUGAGCAAAGCAGAUGCUUCUUUUGAACUUCAAAUUCCCCCCAACUAUAAUGUUAUAAUGGAUGAGUAUGAGUAUCGAUGGUCUAAUAAUUCUUUCCCUCA